AUGCGCCACUGGGACUUGAUUUUUGACUAUCCGAAAAUAACCAAAGAGACACCCGAAGCGAUAGAUGAUUUUCUUGAGACGGUCAAGGUAAACCUCCAAGCGCUAGAAAAACUCGGUGAACCAGUUACCUCAAAUGUCGCUCUUAUAAAAUUAUUCACGUCGAAGCUACCCUCAGCCAUCAUUCGCAAAUGGCAGCGCACAUUGCCGGACAGGAAAAUGCCGUCAUAUACGCAUCUGGUAGACUUUCUGAAAACACGGACGAACGGCGACAGGACAAGUUCAGCAUCAACCGUGAUAAAAAGAGAGUCCGAUCAACACAAACGUCAGCGACCGAACGCACCGCGAAGUUACGCAUUCACAACUACACAUAAUACGUUGGUGUGUCCGAAUUGUCAAGGACAACACGAAUUAUGGAAUUGUGAUGUCUUCAAAGCAAAGUCGCCUAAAAAACGCCUUGAAAUCGCCAAGAGGGCGUCUCUAUGUACCAAUUGUUUAGAUCAACCCGUAGAUCGCUCAAUAAUACAUAUACCGAGGAAUCUCCAACUAGCCGAUCCAAGAUUCCAUAGGCCUGCGCCGAUCGAAAUAUUGUUGAGCGCCGGACCAACGCUAGCAUCACUCUGUGUCGGCCAACUUGACAUCAGUCAAGCAAACGGGCCCGACUUGCGUCUGCAAAAAACGCGAUUCGGAUGGGUCAUCGGGGGGAGCCCAACCUCGCAAUCAUCAGCACUCGCAUUUCACGCCUUCACGACGGCUUUACAGGCGGACCCCGCCCGUGUUUGGGAAAUCGACGAAGGACCGCCCACUGCACACAUUUCGGAAGCGGAACGACAGUGCGAAGAACACUUUCGAAAUCACGUUCAACGCACCAACGAAGGGCGAUACAUGGUCGCUCUCCCAUUCAACGAAACAAUUCCUUCGCUUGGAUCCUCUAAGACAAUGGCGAUGAAGCGACUCAUUUCCCUCUGUCGUCGAUUCCAACGAGACAAACGAUUCGAAGCCGACUAUCGCGCCGUGAUACAAGAAUAUGUGGAAUUAGGACACAUGACGAAGAUUACCACGGACAACUGCACGGACGACGGAUCUGCACCAACCACCACCGGAGUUUCAUUAAACGACAUACUUCAUACGGGACCGAAACUACAAGAUGACUUAUUCUUCAUCCUUCUAAGAUUUCGUUCUCAUCAAUACGUCAUUACAUUCGAUGUCGAAAAGAUGUAUCGACAAUUUCUUGUGCGUCCAGAGGAUCGAAAAUUUCAACAAAUUUUGUGGCGUAAUUCUGAUGGAGAAGUUGACACCUAUCAACUUAAUACAGUGACAUUCGGGCUGUCAGCGGCCCCUUAUCUAGCCAUUCGGUGCCUCAAUCAACUGGCGGACGACGAGGGACAUCGGUACCCACGAGCGGCGACGGUCUUACAGCGAGACUUCUACGUCGACGAUGUUCUCACAGGAGUUGAUAGAAAGGUCGAGGCACGAUCAUUGAGAACGGAGCUCACGGAACUGGCCGGCUUAAACAUUCGAAAAUGGGCAUCGAACGACCAGGAACUGCUACGAGGACUUUUCGAGCAGGACAUAAACGACAAGCUGCUACUAGGCGAAUCGCAAACCUUCAAAACUCUGGGUGUGGUUUGGAAUUCCUUUGACGAUUCGAUCCUAUAUUCCGUAAAAAUUAAUUCUACCGCCUCUCGAAUCACGAAGAGAACAAUCAGCUCCGAAAUCGCCAAGAUCUACGACCCCCCUGGAUUAUUGGCACCAGUGAUCGUUCGUGCUAAGAUGCUGCUCCAACGACUCUGGACUUUAAAAAUUGAUUGGGACGAAUCUCUACCGGCUGACGUGCACACGGAAUGGAGCAAAUAUUAUGCACAGCUGCCAUUAUUGAAUAACGUGAAGUUUCCACGUAAAACGAUAAUCAAGGCUGCAGCGGAAAUUAAAUUACACGGGUUCUGUGACGCUAGCGAAAGGGCUUAUGGGGCAUGCGUUUACCUUCGCACCAUCACUCCGGAUGGUCAUGUCUGGACACGACUCCUCACUGCAAAAUCAAAGGUGGCUCCACUGAAAUCACAAACCAUUCCAAGGCUGGAACUGAGUGGAGCACUUCUUCUCGCAUCAUUGGCCACCACAGUCCUUCAAGCUUUACCAAGCAACAUUUCUCGGACUGUUUACUGGACGGAUUCUACAAUCGUACUUCAUUGGAUCAAUACAUCACCCCAUACGCUGAAAACCUUUGUCGCUGAUCGUGUGACAGAAAUUCAGCAGAAGACUCACACCUCAGAUUGGCGUCACAUUCCCACUGCCGAUAACCCUGCAGAUCUCAUAUCUCGAGGCCAAUCACCCGAAGAUUUCCUGCGACCAACCAUUUGGCAACAUGGUCCGGAAUGGCUCCAACAACCAGAAAGAUACUGGCCGACGUGGAACCCAGUACCAUUAACUGAAAUACCAGAGGAGAAGAAAGCAACAUGUCUGGCCGUGACUCCUGCUGACCACAGUCUACUGGAGAGAUUUUCUUCUUGGCCCAAGCUGAUUAGAAUUACCGCUCGUUGCCUCCGAUGGAGACAAAAACAGGAUCGAGGGAGACCUCUAACCACACAUGAUUUAACCAAUGCGCAUAACAAAUUGGUCAAACUGUUACAAUUCUGUUAUUUUUCAGAUGAAAUCCGCACUCUCCGAACAGAUCGAAAUUCUGCAGUGAAGGGGAAGCUGCAACGACUCAAUCCAUUUCUGGACAAAGACGGGAUGUUGCGAGUCGGAGGCCGACUCAGUCACUCACCAAUGCCGUUCAGUCAGAAACACCCAAUCAUUGUACCCAAAUCCUCAGUCACAGCACUCAUAAUCGAGCAUGAACACCUCAUCAAUCUCCACUCCGGAACUCAAGCUACCUUAUACGCCUUAAGAAGAUCUUAUUGGCCUAUCGACGGCCGUAGUCACGUUUGGAGCACGCUGAAGAUGUUCGUCCGUUGCUGCCGAGCUAAUCCACCUCCAGUGGAUUACGUAUUGGGCGACCUCCCAGCCUCACGGAUAACGGAAUCUCGACCGUUUACCAACGUCGGAAUAGAUUAUUGCGGACCGUUUUACAUCAAAGAACGAAAGGAUCGCAACCGACGCAAAAUUAAGGUAUAUGUAGCAAUCUUUAUAUGUCUUGAAGUCAAAGCAGUCCACAUCGAGCUGGUCAGCGACCUCACUAGCGAGGCCUUCAUUGCUGCUCUGCGAAGAUUCAUCGCUCACCGAGAAUUCUGUGUGACAAUUUACUCCGACAACGGUACCAUCUUCGUUGGCGCCAACAAUGAAUUACGAGAGCUCCGAAAUCUCCUGCAAUCCGACGAUCAUAAGGUAAAGGUUCAAUCCUUUUUAGUCGACCGACGGAUCGAAUGGCUCUUCAUUCCUCCCAACUCACCUCACUUCGGAGGGCUAUGGGAAGCUGCAGUGAAAUCCUUCAAACGACAUUUCAGGCGUGUCGCAGGGUGGGGAUACAUGGGAGGCAGACGUAGAGAGGACGGAGCUGCGUGCGUAAUCGAAAUCUCCGGAAAACUGGAGAGCCUGGGCAAGGGAGGUAACCAGAGUGGAGGACUAGUGCCUGUGAGCGCAAAACGGGUGUGGAUACGGGACGUCCGGCUUGGACAAGGAGGAGUUAAAGGAGGACGGAAUGGUUGUCGGUUGCUCACCUGGACAUCAACGCCCGGGGCGUUCGUCCACGGAGCCCUGCUGGAACGCGGCAACGGAUACGCCGCGGUCGAGUGGGCAGGGAUGAUGGUGGUGGGGGUGUACGUGUCACCUAACAGCGGACGGGCAGCGUUCGAAGAAUUCCUAGACGGAGUUGGCGACUGCGUCAGGCGACGACUCCCACGACAAGUGCUCGUCCUGGGAGACUUCAACGCGCACUCCACGGAAUGGGGGAACGCCACGGCCAACGCGCGGCCGCACGCUAUCGAACUGGGCCGCGGGACUUGGACUUCUGUUAGUGAACAGGGGCUCGACCAGUACCUGCGUGACGUGCAGAGGGAGCUCCAUUGUUGA